AUGCCCUUCUCAUCAUCCACCACGACGGCCCGGAUGGACCUCCCUCCCUCCCUCCUCAUUAUACUUCUCGCCACCGCCCUCGCCAGCGGCCUAGGCGGAUAUUACAUCGGCGCUUCCUCCAACAGGAUACGGGAUCUCCCAGCUGAGUCGUCCGGUCCAGAGCAGUCGAAAAAAUCGGACUCCUCGAAAUCGAAGUCGCCAAUCACCUCUUCUCCAUCAAAAGACUCCUUCGAGAACAUCAGUGCCACUGAGGCCGAUGGAGACGAUGACGACGACGAUGAUGAAGAUAGUGAUAGCGAUGCUAUGAUCAAGUCCGACUACAGCCAUUUCAGCGCAAGUGCCUUGACCGAAGAAUGCAAGAUGGUUCUAUGCGUACGUACCGACCUUGGAAUGACUAAAGGGAAAAUCGCCGCUCAGUGCGGCCACGCUACUCUCGCCUGCUACAAGGCCGUUAGCCGACAUGCUCCUCUUCUCCUCAAGCGUUGGGAAUACCUUGGUCAGGCCAAGAUUGCUUUGAAAGUGGAUUCAGAAGAUGACCUGUUGACCCUGCAGGCACAGGCCAUGAGUCUAGGUUUGGUUGCAAAAGUGGUUAGGGAUGCAGGCAGGACACAGAUUGCAUCUGGUUCAGCUACUGUUCUGGGAAUUGGACCAGCUCCAAAGAGUGUGGUUAACCAAAUCACAGGGCAUCUUAAGUUACUGUGA